AAAUUUCGCCGACACGGAAACAUUGAAUAGAUCUCGGCAUCCCUCACGGUCGUCAUAAAAUUCCGUCUUCUCCUCCACCCAGCGAGGGUGGAGUUUCUUUCAGCAGAAGCGAAAAAGAGCGGUUGGCAGGUCCAAUCCGAUGUUUCUGUCAAGACUCUCACGGCUCGGUCUCCGGAUUGCAAAAGACUCAGGUCAAUUUUCUACAAUUAAAAGAGGCUACUUUAGUAGGCAUUUCAGUCAUAAUUUACACCCUGUGAAUAACUGUUUUUUUUGUACUACAACCAUUGAUAACAUUCAUGAGGAAGGGAGCGAGCAGAAAGAAACAAUAUCUGUGACAUUUGUCGACAAAGAUGGAGAAGAGAAGCUUAUCAAGGUUCCUAUUGGAAUGUCAAUGUUGGAAGCUGCUCACCAAAAUGACAUAGAUUUAGAAGUUUCAGUAACAUUUCCUGCUAACGUGAUGUCAGGGGCUUGCGAGGGCUCACUUGCAUGUUCAACCUGUCAUGUGAUUAUAAUGGAUGUGGAUUAUUACAAAAAGUUAGAAGAGCCAACUGAUGAAGAAAAUGACAUGUUGGACCUUGCAUUUGGGCUUACGGAAACGUCCCGUCUUGGUUGUCAAGUAAUUGCAAAGCCCGAGCUUGAUGGAAUGCGCUUAGCACUGCCGGCAGCAACGCGGAACUUUGCUGUUGAUGGGUAUAAACCAAAACCACACUGAGUGCAAUGUGCAUCCUACCUUGCAGUAUGCAAAGGGGUCGCAAUUCAACCUCAGUUUUCUCAGUUUUGUAGCAUAUGCCAGAAUACAUAAUUUAUACAUCAAGAUCAUGAAACAUAAAAGGCUUCGCCGCGUCCAUGCCGGUUAUUAUACAAUAACCGAUCACAUUUUUCCUGGUAUGUGUCGUGGACUUGUUGGCUAAUCUAAGAUGGAGAUUGGCUCUAUACUCAGAGAUAUAGGGAUUAAGCUUGAGAAGGUUUAGAACUCAUUUGGUUCAUGAAAAGAAUUUUUUCUCACUGUAAUGUUUAUUUUAGGAAGCUCAUGCUUGGAUAUAUGAUAUUUGGAAAAGUAACUCUUGCUUAUUUGGUUGACC